AUGGCCAGCACAGGGCCAGGGGCGCAAGAGAGGUACUAUGCACGGCUAACCAAGGGCAUGGUUGUACAGGUUCGGGAGACGGCGAAGAUGGGCAAGGGCUUGUUUGCCACCGAGGACAUCAAGGCCGAGACGGUCAUACUCCGUGAGCAGCCCGUGGCGAACAUGCAACAUUUGACAAAUCGGAAAAAGUUCCGCGCCUGUGCUCACUGUCUCCGUCCGCUGGGGCCUCUAGAAGAGGCUAUGAACAAGCUCGUCAUCGCCUUGGAUCUUCUCCCCUCGUCAUCGAUCUCGUCAAACUGCUCUGCUUCCAUCUCUCCGGGCUCGCUGCCGCUGGUUGAUGAGCUCCUCCCUCACCCGCUCCCGCUUCCUUUGCCAUGUGCUCAUGCUGAUGAUGGAUGUGACAUCGAGUUCUGUUCCGAGUCAUGCCGCUCGGUCUCUUGGGCUAUGCAUCACUCCCUGCUCUGCAUCGGUGCCGCCGCUGCUGAGGGCAACAUCGCCAAGCAAGUUGCGCUGAAGCAAUUGUGUGACGAGGUGCUCGAGGAGACCAACGAAGCCUUUUACAUGGCCGCGCAGAUCUUGGCUUACGUCGUCUCUCGCUACAGAGCGAUGAAGCGCCCAGACCUCGACCGCGCCCGCCUGCCCAUCUCGCUCCUCCACUCGCGCCCGUGGUGGGAGGUGGUGUGUCCCGCCGAGAGCGACGACGACGACGAGUACGGUCACGAGUACGAGUAUGAGUUUGAUCGCGAGGCGUUUGAAGCUGCCCAUCGCGCUGAUGUCGAGCGCCUCGCCCCGAUGCUGUGGGCCAUUGUGGCCGAUAGCGAUCCGGCCCUCGCACCGCUUUUCACUGUCGACACGCUCGCACAUGUCAUGGGCAUGUUCGAGAUGAACUCGGUCUCCAUGCUCGUCGUCUCGCCCGUCCACACCUACCUAGAACAGAUGCGCCAACUGCCCGCGAGUGAGCAGUUGCGGAUCUCUGCCGCAGGUGGGCCCGUUCUCGCUGCCCUGGCCGGCGCCAUGGACCAGCUCGGCAACGAGGAUGUCGAGGGCCUCGGCGUCUUUGCCGUCCACGCCAACACCAACCACUCGUGCGUGCCCAACGUCGAGUCCGCCAAAGACCCCGAGGAUCCUGACGGCCUCGUCGUCCUCAUCACUCUUCGCGACAUCGCCGCCGGUGAACAGCUCUUUGUCUCAGUACGGCUUUGUCUGCACCUGUCCUCGCUGCGAACACGAUCGCCUGCUCAGUGA